GUCACAUCCGGUUUCAGCACCACAGCCAGCUCCCUCCCGCAUUGUCACACACACACACCUCUGUCCUUGUUUUGCGGAGCCAACUUUUGCGAAUGUUUUUUCUUUCCAUGCUUCUCAUGCGAGGUGGCUGACAGAAGGAAGACAGAAGGAAAGGGAUCUUCUGCACAACGCACUGAGAAGCAUUGAACAUCAUGCAGUGACCGAUCCUCACACUAGAUUUGUUCUUUACCUUUAUCUGUGUGCUUUAGCGCUGCAACGAAGAUUGCGAGACGACGUGUAUAAAAGAGGAAGAAGACAUUACAGGGGAAAAAGACAAUCUGCAUGUGAAAUCACUGGAUCUAGUGCUAUCGGAGGCAAGCGAUGCAGCCUACUAACAAGCUCCUGAGUCUCACCCUCCUUGUCUUGAUGGGCACCGAACUCACCCAAGUGCUCCCAGCCAACCCUGAGGAGUCAUGGCAGGUUUACAGCUCAGCCCAGGACACGGAGGGCCGCUGUGUCUGCACUGUGGUGGCGCCUCAACAGUCCAUGUGCUCGCGGGACGCCAGGACCAAACAGCUCCGACAGCUGCUAGAAAAAGUCCAGAACAUGACCCAGUCUAUCCAGGUGCUAGACCAGCGGACCCAGAGAGACCUGCAGUACGUGGAGAGGAUGGAGGUUCAGCUGAAAGGUCUGGAGACCAAGUUUAAACAGGUGGAGGAGAACCACAAGCAGAACAUUGCCAGGCAAUACAAGGCAAUAAAAGCGAAAAUGGAGGAACUUAGGCCAUUGAUACCAGUGUUGGAGGAGUACAAAGCCGAUGCAAAAUUGGUAUUGCGGUUUAAAGAGGAGCUCCAGAAUCUGACGUCUGUGCUAAACGAACUCCAGGAGGAGAUCGGCGCCUAUGACUACGAGGAGCUACAAAACAGAGUGUCAAAUCUUGAAGAGAGGCUUCGUGCAUGCAUGCAAAAAUUAGCAUGUGGGAAGCUGACAGGGAUCAGUGAUCCAAUUACCAUUAAGACGUCUGGAUCAAGGUUUGGAUCCUGGAUGACUGACCCCCUGGCUCCUGAAGAUGACACUAGGGUGUGGUACAUGGAUGGCUACCACAACAACCGAUUUGUGCGGGAGUACAAGUCCAUCUACGACUUCAUGAAUUCCGACAACUUUACAUCUCACCGCCUCCCCCACCCGUGGUCAGGCACUGGCCAGGUGGUCUACAACGGCUCCAUCUACUUCAACAAGUUCCAGAGCCACACCAUCAUCAAGUUUGACUUCAAGACCUCCGUCAUCAGCAAGUCACGCCAGCUGGACUACGCCGGCUACAACAACAUGUACCACUACUCCUGGGGCGGCCACUCAGACAUCGACCUCAUGGUAGAUGAGGGCGGGCUCUGGGCCGUUUACGCCACCAAUCAGAAUGCAGGGAACAUUGUCAUCAGUAAACUGAACCCCAACACCCUGCAGAUCAUCAAGAGCUGGACUACCAACCACCCCAAGAGGAGCGCAGGAGAGGCCUUCAUGAUAUGUAGCACGCUGUAUGUCACCAAUGGCUACUCCGGUGGGACCAAGGUCUAUUAUGCCUUCAGCACCAACUCGUCCACCUACGAGUACAUUGACAUACCGUUCCAGAAUAAGUACUCUCACAUCUCCAUGCUGGACUAUAACCCUAAAGACAGAGCACUGUACGCAUGGAAUAACGGUCACCAGGUGCUUUACAAUGUCACCUUGUUCCACGUCAUUCGGUCAGAGCAGGAGCAGUAGAUAGUUAGCCAUGCUGUUACCUUCUCAGUCACCGAUAGACCUGGGUUCAAAUACUAUUGGAUAACUUUCAAAUACUUUUAUCAUUUGCAGCAGCCUGCCUGGAGUGCCAGAUGGGCAGGGUUUGCAGUUUUGCAACAAUUGUAUUAAUUCCAUUAUACCAGGCAAGCCUAAUCAAGCCCGGCUAAAUCAAGCAAAUUUGAACCCAGGUCUGGUCCACGGAUGCUUCAAAGUAAAGGAGAUACUAUAUGUAAAUGUGGAAGGAUAGAAGUAUCCUAUAUUUUAAUCAGUAACAAGAAAUACAGUACCUAAUGAUAUAUAAUGUAUAGAAACAAAGAGUAGAACAGGAACCGAAAAGGUCAUGCCUUUCUUGUUUUGGAUGACUUCAAAUGUCUUAUAAUGAUUGUGUUUUUAUGGAAUUACUCACUCUUGACUUGUUUUUUAUUUGAUCACAGAUAGUGCAGCCUAUUGUAUCAUAGUUUUGAAUUUAAUUACAUUUGGAAUUGAAGAGAGAUUAUAUCCUGGGCCUUGUUUAUCAACCUGUAUAAAGCCAAACUGUAGGACACAAACACACAAUCAUGACCAUUUUCCCCAGGUGAGUGAUCCUCAUUAAUUAAUUAAUUAUAUUACAUGAUCAGAUGGUAAAGUUGGUCAAAUGUAGCAGCAAUUUUCCACAUAACUCGAUUCCUGCUUCUGUAAAGGUGGAGACUAGUGAUCGUCACAGAGUCCUGUGCAGAAUAGAAUGCCAAUUCUAUCCCCAUGUGUUGGUAUCAAAAUAUCUCAUUGGAAAAUGUGUAAUGGCACCUCAAAACAUGUACUCAGUCUUUCCUGCGCAAUACAACCUCUCAGGAACCAAUAUAACACCACCUGUCGUUUGCAUGGAGUCAUCUACACAGACAUUAUAGGAUCUGAUUAUGAUUGAUAAAGGAGGCCCAAUGGAGCACAGUUUCAAGAAUCCAGUCAAACCACGAGUCAAUGACAAAAUCCUGUAUAUCUGGGAACACCGACUACAGACUGUUGGGAGCACCCUGUUUCAUUUCUGUGUAUUUGUGAUGGUACAACAUAUUUUAUCUUUUUCUAUCUUAUUUUUGCAUGGGCAUUUUUACCGACCAAAAUGGUUUUCUUCUCCGGAUGUAUUUUGCUAUAUUUGAUGCUGUAGUGCAGGAGACUAGUUUAGCACUGUUAGGAGACAGGCUUUUUACUGUCUUAUUGUCAUUGGGGUUGAUAUAUGUUCUUAUUGUUGGAAUUGAUAUUUACUGUGAUAGCCUGUCUUUGUAGAUUGGAUUGUAUUGACAUAAUUUGUCUAGCUCAUAUAGUUCUGUCUAGCAAAAAAAAAACUAUAACAAGAGGAUGUACCAAACAAUGUAUCUAUGAGCCAGUGACAUACACCGGCUGUUUUAUUCCAUUUGACUUCACAAGUCUACUGUCUGUUUCUUAGAGAGAUCAAUUGUGACAUGUUAUUCUGUUGAGCUUGCAUAUGUGUCGUAUCUGCAAUAAAAUUCAUAUAAAUGAACAAGA